AUGAGAACUGUUGUCGUGGCCUUGACUAUAGCCCUUGUGGCAAGUCAACAUGUGAAUCUUGUUCCUGAGUUUGCAGGCACUCAGACGUACGUGUACAAAUAUGAGGCUUUGCUCUUUAGUGGUCUUCCCCAGGAAGGUCUGGCCAGAGCUGGCAUUAAGAUCAACAGUAAGGUUUCCAUCAGUGCUGCGACUGAGAAUAUUUUCCUUCUUAAGCUUUCAAAUCCUCAGCUGUUUGAGUACAGCGGUAUCUGGCCCACAGAUACAUUUGUCGAUACUAAACUCACCUCAGAACUGGCUGCUCAGCUUCAGAUUCCAAUUAAGUUUGAGUACACCAGUGGUGUGGUUGGAAGGAUUUUCACACCUUCUGUGGUGCCAACUACUGUUAUCAACCUGCACAGGGGAAUUCUGAACAUCUUUCAGCUCAACCUCAAGAAGACCCAGAACAUCUAUGAGGUUCAAGAGGAUGGAGUUCAGGGCAUUUGCAAGACGCAGUAUCUGAUCAGUGAAGAUGAAGGAAACAACCAUACCACUAUCAUCAAGUCUAGAGAUCUUACACUUUGCCAUGAGAGGAUAAUGAAGGAUGUUGGCUUGACUUACAUUGAAAAGUGCAUUGAAUGUCAACAGAAGGUAAAGAGUCUUUCUGGAGCUGCAACUUACAGCUACAUCAUGAAGCCAACUCCAGCUGGUGUUAUGAUUACUGAAGCAACAGUCCAAGAGUAUCAACAGUUUACACCUCUAUAUGAGAUCCAUGAUGCUACCCAGAUGGAAACAAGACAAACUUUGACCUUUCUGCACAAUACAGUAUCUCCCAUAAUUCCAAUCAGUGCUGAAUAUUUAGCCCGUGGAACUUUACAGUAUGAAUUUAGCACAGAGGCUUUUUGGAGUCCAAUUCAGCCCAUGAGAAUAAGUAAUCCACAGGCUGAAAUAGUAGAUGCUCUGGAUCAUCUGGCUACAAAGAAAUUGGAAGAAGUCCAUGAAGAUGUUCUUCUGAAAUUUAUUCAGCUCAUCCAGCUUUUGCGUUUUGCAACCAUGGAUGCUAUUGAAGGAAUCUGGUCUCAAUUUAAAACCAGACCAAAUUUCAGGAAAUGGAUUUUGGAUGCCAUUCCUGCAGCUGGCACCUUAGCUGCAUUAAAAUUCAUCAAAAAGGCCUUCUUGGCAGGCAAACUUUCCAUACCCGAGUUCACUCAGGUUCUUCUGUCCACUGUGCACAUGGUCAAUGCUAAUUUGGACACCAUUAAGAUGUACUCUGGUCUGGCUUUGAGUCACAAAGUUCAAGAAACACCUGUUCUACGUAAGGUUGCUAUGCUUGGCUAUGGAACAAUGAUUGCCAGGUACUGCAGUAGAUCUCUUGAAUGCCCAGUGGAUCUUUUGAAGCCAUUCCAUGAGACUAUUCCUGAGGCGACUGCUAAGGCUGACAUUGCAGAGAUCAUCUUAAUUCUGAAAGUACUGGGCAACGCUGGUCACCCUGCUAGCAUUAAAUACAUCACAAAGUUUCUACCAGUAUUUGGGAACCAUAUACAUCUGUUUCCAACCAGAGUUCAAGUGGGUGCGGUUUUGGCUCUAAAGGCUAUUGCCAAAAAGGAACCCAAACUGAUCCAGAAUAUAGUUCUGCAGAUUUUUGUAAACAAAGAUCUCCACCCAGAGCUGCGUAUGGUUUCAUGGAUUGUGCUUUUUGAGACAAAACCAAGCAUGGGCCUGGUUAUUACUCUUGCACGUGCUCUACUAAAGGAACCUAAUCUACAGGUGGCCAGUCUUGGGUACUCACACAUGAAAGCCUUGACAAGGAGCACACACCCUGAGUUUUCUCUAAUUGCCUCGGCCUCCAGGGUUGUCAUCAAGAUAUUAAGCCCAAAACUGGACAAACUUAGCUUUCGUUACAGCAAAGCAUUUCUCUUGGAUGGUUAUGAAGUUCCGCUUAUGGUUGGAGCUGCUGGUAGUGUCUUCAUCAUUAAUGAUGCUGCCACCAUCCUGCCCAGAGCAGUUGUAGCUAAAACACGUGCUUACUUGGCUGGAGCUGCUGCUGAUGUUCUUGAGGUUGGCAUUAGAUCUGACGGAAUUCAAGAGGCUCUUCUGAAAUCUCAGUUUCUGAAUGAGGACAGGCUGCCAAGGAUGAAACAAAUUCUUAAAGCUCUUAAAACAUUUAAAUCCCUGCCAAAAAAGCUGCCUCUGGGCUCGAUCUAUGUGAAAGCUUUCGGACAAGAGAUUGCUUUUGCAGUUGUCAACAAUACAGUUAUUGAACAGGUAAUACAGAUUGCUUCUGGAGGCUAUAUACCUAAGCUGGCAGGGGAAGCUCUUAAAGCAAUGCAGAAUGGCAUUGCCUUCCAGUAUGCCAAACCCCUGCUGGUGACAGAGGUGCGUCGCAUUUUUCCAUCAGUAGCUGGUGUACCUAUGGAGUUUAGUUUGUACACUGCUGCAGUGGCUGCUGCUAAUUUGAAGGUCCAAGCUCUUAUUACACCACCUUUAACUGAAACCAUCAGUGUUGCUCAUCUGAUGAAGACAGACGUUAAGUUAACCGCUGAAGUUUCACCAAGCAUUGCCUUACAGAUGUUUGCUGUAAUGGGACUGAAUACUGGUUUUGUUCAAGCUGCAUCUAUGGCCAAAGGAAAGAUCCAUACAUUUUUGCCUCUAAAAAUGGAGGCAAAGUUUGACAUCACAAAAACGAAUUUCAAGAUAAAGACUUUUCCUGUCAUACUUCCAGUGCAUGCUUUAACAGCACGUUUUGAAACUUUGGCAGCAGCUGGCAAUAUCAAAGAGGCCAACGUGGAGAGAGUUACGCCAAUGGUACCAGAGACGGUAGUUGUGAAACAUUCCCAAGAAACAAUUGCUUCUUCACAAGGAGAUUUGUCAUUUGAAACCACCGAAGCUGCUAUGGCAUCUGCUGAGGAACCUGAACUAAAGACUAGCGCUCCAGUUCACAGAACUCUUUGUUCUGUUGUACCUCACAUUGGAUUUAAUGUAUGCAUGGAGGUUUUGUCCUGUGAUGCCACCUUCAUAAAAAACUCCACCCUUUAUAACAUGAUCGGACAGCAUGGAGUACAUAUUAACGUAGUUCGAGCUGAUGGUCCUGCUGUUGAGGGAUUAGAGCUAGAGGUCCAACUAGGUCCAAGAGCUGCCAAAAAACUCCUUAAAGAAAUCAGCUUUCCCGACCUGAACACUCCCAAGACCAUCAACAACAGCGUCAAAGAUGUAGGAGACAGAGACAGAAUCAUAAACAAGCAGGCAGCAGGGUCCAGGCAAAGAGUCAAAAGCCAGACGGCAAACAAAGAAACAUUAGACAGACCAGAAUCAACAUGGGGAAUCUGUCGUGGGGAAAUCUCCAGUGGACAAAGCAGUGAAAGUUUCAAGCCCGUUCAGCAGUCUAGGUUCCUUGGAGACUUGGUUCCUCCAGUGGUUUCUAUCAUUGCACGUGUUGUGAGAGUUGAUCGCAAGUUGUUGGGGUACCAGCUCACUGCUUACCUAGACAAGCCCACAUCAAGGGUUCAGAUCAUUCUGGUCUCCAUUGCAGUGAAGGACAACUGGAAGAUGUGCGUUGAUGGUGCCUUGUUGAGCAAGCACAAUGCUGGGGCAAGGAUUGCAUGGGGUGCAGAGUGCCAACAAUAUGCAAUUACUAUCAGUGCGGAUACUGGCCACCAAGGUUCAAGUGUUAAAGUCAAGUGUGAGAAGUUGUCCCCAAUUAUCACGACCUAUGCCAAGAGGGUGGCUGAAUAUAUUCCUGAUGCAGCUCAAAUUACUGGAUUGGCUAUAAACUAUGAAAAAAAUACUGACAGGCAGAUUGAACUGAUCAUACUUGUUCCAACAGAAAGGACCCUGGACAUCAUUAUUAAGACCCCAAAAAUGACUUUGUCAAUGUCGAAAGUGGUUCUUCCAAUUGCUUUGCCAUUUGAGGGUAUACAGGCCUAUCCAGAAAAUGAUGUCACAAACAUAAUUCGAAACCUUUAUAUAGAGGGUAGUUCAGUUAAAUGCAGUAGGAUCAGAAACACUUUGACUACAUUCAACCAUAACAAGUACAACUAUGAAGUUCCUCUUUCCUGCUACCUAGUCGUAGCUCAAGACUGCACUUCAGAGUAUAAAUUCACAGUCCUAAUGAAAAAGGACAAUGUCUUUGAGAAUGAAGACCUAACCAUUAAGGUGGCAGACAUUGAUGUUGACAUGUACCACCAGAAGAGUGCAGUGAAAGUUAAAAUCAAUGGAAUUGAAAUACCAACCAACAACAUUUCGUACCAACACCAAACAGGUACCAUACGAAUUAAGCAGAAAGGUCAAGGUAUCGCUCUCUAUGCCCCAGGUCAUGGUCUUCAAGAGGUCUAUUAUGCCAGUGACCAGUGGAUGGUUUAUGUUGUGGACUGGAUGAAGGGGCAGACGUGUGGACUCUGUGGAAAAGCUGAUGGGGAAAUCAGACAGGAGUUUCGCACACCCAGCGGACACCUGACCAAAAAUUCAGUCAGCUUUGCUCACUCAUGGGUGCUUACUGCUGAGAGCUGCCAUGAUGCCAGUCAGUGUCGCAUGAGGCUUAAAACUGUGAAAUUGGAGAAGCAAAGAUCAGAUAGGCAGUCAUCCAAAUGCUACUCUGUUGAGCCUGUGUUGCGCUGUCUGCCUGGCUGUCUGCCAAACAGGACUAGUCAUAUCACCGUUGGAUACUACUGCCUGCCUUCUAACUUCAAACAGAACCUUUCUGCAAAUCAGAGCAAAACUGAAGAUCUGAUGGAAGCUGCUGAAACUCACAUCGCCUGUCACUGUACAGAGGAGUGUGUUUAA